AUGGCGAGCUGGGAUACAGAGGAGUUCAUGUCUCAAUGGGACAAGAAAUAUGUCUCAACCAACGUGAGACCUGGCUCAAAGGCAUAUGACGGAAGAUUCCUCCUCGGCCUUGAAUCCCGCUUGGCUUCGUCGCAACCCGAACUGAAAAACAUCGCCAACACUCUGAUUGUCGCAGCCUGUUGUGCCGUCGGCCGUGCAGACGUCGUUGGUCGGCUUUUCGACGAUCUGACGGCGACUGCUACGCCAGAGCAGUCCGAGUAUAUGUUUCUGCGGUUUCGAGAGGCCAUUACAAUCAUCUUUCCUUACCUGGGUCUCCCGACAUGUAUGCCAGCAUGUUAUGGCAUGAUCGGAGUCAUUCAGCGCAAGGGCGCUGGAUACGCCUCGACCAAGAGUCUUCGGAAAAAGACCAUCACUAAGGACGACGUCCAGAAGGGGACCGAACUUCGUGCCAGGGUCUAUCGUGGUGUAGGCAAUUCGGAGAUCUUCUCCUUGAUGGACAGCUAUUUCACGGAUCUAAUCACGACUUCGACCGUGGUCACAUGGGGAUAUCUCAUCGCGAAAGCAAACGAGGAGGUCUUCCAGCCCCAGGAGUCGCACUUGAUCGUGGCCACAGCUAUCAUGGCCUUGGGUGCUUCUCGUCAGACAAAAAGUCAUAUUAAGGCCACUUUAGGCAUUGGAAACUCAGUCAACGGCGUCAAGGCUGUUAUAGACAUGGUAACCCAGUUGGCUGAAUGGGCUGAUCGCCCUAGGAUUGGGUCCUUCGACGUGGACCAGCUCGGAGAAGAAAUCAAGGCGGCCUUGAAAGGAUGA